AUGUCUGGACAAGGGUUCUUCGGCAAGGACAAGGACAGAAGUAGAAGGGACGACUCGCCAUCAUCAUCACCUUCGACCUCGAAACUCGCCUCCAAGGGUUGGGUGGGUAAGAUGGCCUUCUUGUAUUCCAAGCGGAAGCCCUCGUUACCCCUCCAGAGUCAUUACCUCUCUCUUCCAGUGGGCGGAGCCGCAGCAGCCACUUCUCCGAUAGCCGGGACGGGCGGGAUGUACAUGUUGCACUCGGAGGACUUGUCGGUUACCGAGUUUGCCAAACUUGCAGGGAUCACGAUUGUGCAGGAUGAGGAUGACCCGACGACAUACGACUCGCAGUUUAUUGGGAACGAGAUCCAUGAAAACUGCCGGCGCGGGAGCAGUACUACAGAGUUGACACCACCGCCAUCUGGAGGGUUGCUUGGACCAGAGUAUGUGACUUUGGGGUCUGCGGGGAAUACGCUCAACUCGGAGGGGAACCUGACAGUGGGUAGCAAUGGGAGCUUUGGUGGUGGGUCUUUGAGAAGGACGCAAAUUUGGGAUCCGCAGUUCUGGUCUGACCCUGUGCGGGAUGGAGCAGCGAUGACGAGCACGAAUGCGAUGGUGUCCAACAACAACAUGUUUCUCCCCUCUGCUUCGACGUUGUCUCUCCCGAUUACUUCUGGAUCUUUUCUGACUCGGCCGCGGGCUCCGGCGCCUGUUGGCAGCAGUGCGCCAAACUCGCCCAGGCUCAAACCUCAGUCGUCUCUGCCUUCUUCUGGUCUUUCCUAUGGAGCAUCACCACCCUCGUCCUCGUCCAGGUUAGGACCUGCAUCAACUCCUUUGACAUUAUCGCCUCCAGUACCGACUCAUGAACAGCGCCGUAGGAACUCUUGCUCCCCCGCAGUUCUAAUGCCCGCCGCAGGAUCAAGAGCAACAGCAACAGCAGGAUCUGAGAUUGACCGAGCGCGACACCUGACUUCGUCUGGGGUUCUUUCUUUGAAGCGUGCUGACCAGCAGCAGCAGCAGCAGUUGCCACGACCGGGUAACAAGGAUGCUAUUCAGCUUUCGCAGGAUCUCGGGCGUAGACCGUCUUUCACUUCUUUGACUGCUAUUGCUUUGGAGUUGGAGGGUGGUUCUGGUGAGAGUGGAGAGGCGAGUGAUGUGCAGGAUGUUUUGCAAGCAGGAGGAGCAGCAGUAGGAGGAGAUCCAGCAGCGACAACAUCGACGCCUCGCCUCUUCCUUGAGCCCUCAACACCAAUAACGCCAACAAAGAACCCACAGCUCACUGUCCCUCCAGCCCCUCCAUCCAUGAGUCAUACCCUGGCAAUGCACGCCCUCCACACGCCCAGGUCCCGAGGUAGCGUCCCUGCAGGAUCAGGCGGCGGCCAUUCUUCGCGGAGUGGUGUUUCAAGGACCCGCUCGCCUUCACCAUCACCUUUAUCGCGACAAAUCGAUCUCAAUAGCAUGGAGUCGCCCCAGGAGGAAAGAUGUGAUCCUCUCGAUAUGCAGUGGAAACAGGAGAGAACUGAUGAUAGUCUAGCGCAGUUGUCGCCUCCGCCUUUGGUGACUCCUCCUCCUGCGGCUUCUAAGAGUUCACGGCAGAAUCUUGCGCAUGGGAGGUCUGGAAAGAAUGCCACCAAACCCUCGACGACGACAAAGGGUCUCGGGUCUGCGAACAUGCAUCUGACAGAAACUGCUAUUCCAACUUCCAUUGGACCAGCGGCUCAUCAUCACCAACGAGGAAAAUCAAUGCCGCUCUCGCUUUCCGACCAACAGCUGACCAACAACACCCAGCAUCGCCGCCCACCACAAGCUUGCACCCCACCGCCACCACCAUCAUCCUCAGCAUCCUCAACCCCCGCAUCAAGCUCCCGCUCAAACUCACCCAAUCCCAGCUCCUCCGGACGAACAUUCACUCCGGGCACAAAAGUCGGCAGAUUUACCCUCGUCCAAGAGCGGUGCACAAAACACGUUGACCUCCUCCAAGCACAACAGGCACAACGCCGUGCAUCCCUAGGCGAGAUGGGUAUGCUCUCCAAUGGAACCAGCGGAGAGAAGAAGGGAGUGUACCUGUCACCAGCCUCCUCUUCUUCGACAUUUUCUUUGACAGAGGACGCGGUACUGGAUCCGACAGAGUGGGUAGAGAACCCGAUGCUGAAACCCGAGGAUAAUGUCCGCGUCUUUCAACGGAAGCGGUCUCGACGAAUCCUUGAUCCUCUCCCACAAUCACAACCACAACCGCAAUAUUCACUUACUCCACCACCACCUGUAUCAUACUAG